AGGGAAAAGGAAACAGGAAAGAAUAGUAACAGAACUUCUUCGCAUCUUCUUCGAGCUCAGCCUCGCUUCCUGCUUCUGCUCCUCCGAUCUCUCUCUCUCUCUCUCUCUCUCUCAUCAAUGGCGUUCUUGGAGCUCAGGCGCUCCCUCUCCUCCUCACUCCUCCUCCUCCGCGGUCUCAGAGCUGCUGCGUUGGCGAGAUCCAGACCCUACACCACCUGCGAAGGCUCUCGCCCCACCAUUGUGCACAAGCGCAGCGUCGACAUCCUCCAUGACCCUUGGUUCAACAAGGGUACAGCGUUCUCGAUGACCGAGCGAGAUCGGCUGGAUCUACGCGGCCUUCUCCCUCCCAAUGUUUUUACCACGCAGCAGCAGAUCGAUCGUUUCAUGGCUGAUCUGAAAAGGUUUCAAGUGAGCGCUAGAGAUGGGCCAUCUGACACCAAUGCAUUGGCGAAGUGGCGCAUACUUAACAGGCUGCAUGACAGGAAUGAGACGAUGUACUACAAAGUCUUGAUUGAUAAUAUAGAGGAAUAUGCACCUAUAGUAUAUACACCAACUGUUGGACUUGCUUGCCAGAACUAUAGUGGGUUGUACAGGAGACCAAGGGGGAUGUAUUUCAGUGCAGCAGAUCGUGGGGAAAUGAUGUCCAUGGUUUAUAAUUGGCCAGCUGAUCAGGUUGAUAUGAUUGUUGUAACAGAUGGAAGUAGAAUUCUAGGGCUUGGUGAUCUUGGGGUUCAAGGUAUUGGCAUUUCAAUUGGAAAGUUGGAUUUAUAUGUUGCUGCUGCUGGAAUAAACCCUCAGAGGGUCCUACCCGUUAUGAUUGAUGUUGGUACUAACAAUGAGAAGCUUCUUAAAGAUCCACUUUAUCUAGGACUUCAACAGCAUCGUCUUGAUGGGGAAGACUACCUCUCUGUGAUUGAUGAAUUUAUGGAAGCUGUAUUUACGCGUUGGCCUAACGUCAUUGUUCAGUUUGAGGAUUUUCAAAGCAAAUGGGCAUUCAAGUUAUUGCAACGGUGCAGAGAUACAUAUAGGAUGUUUAAUGAUGAUGUCCAGGGAACUGCUGGUGUUGCAAUAGCUGGUCUUCUAGGAGCUGUAAGGGCUCAAGGAAGACCUAUGAUAGACUUCCCAAAACAAAAAAUUGUUGUUGCUGGUGCUGGGAGUGCAGGGAUAGGAGUUGUCAAUGCUGCUAGGAAAACCAUGGCCAGAAUGCUUGGAAACAAUGAGUCUGCUUUUGAAAGUGCAAAGAGCCAAUUUUGGGUGGUUGAUGCCAUGGGUCUGAUAACUGAGGAGCGUGCAAAUAUUGAUCCAGAGGCUUUGCCAUUUGCAAGAAAGAUCAAAGAAGUGGGCCAUCAGGGUUUGAGGGAAGGUGCAAGCUUAGUUGAAGUGGUCAAAAAAGUAAAGCCUGACGUUCUUCUUGGGUUAUCCGCGGUUGGCGGUUUGUUCUCUAAGGAGGUCUUGGAGGCCCUCAAGGAUUCAUCUUCUACUAGACCAGCGAUAUUUGCUAUGUCAAAUCCCACAAAGAAUGCGGAAUGCACCCCGCCAGAAGCAUUUUCCAUCGUUGGUGACCAUGCUAUAUUUGCAAGUGGAAGCCCAUUCUGUGAUGUGAAUCUUGGGAAUGGCAAGAUCGGCCACUCCAACCAGGGAAAUAACAUGUAUCUCUUUCCGGGAAUUGGCCUUGGUACCCUUCUAUCUGGAGCACGUGUUAUAUCUGAUGGUAUGCUUCAAGCAGCAGCUGAAUGCCUUGCCGCAUACAUGAAAGAUGAAGAGGUUCUGAAUGGGAUCAUAUAUCCUUCGAUAUCCUGCAUACGUGACAUAACGAAGGAGGUGGCUGCAGCUGUGGUGAGAGAAGCGGUGGCUGAAGAUCUAGCUGAAGGGUACCGUGACAUGGAUGCUAGGGAACUCCGUAGUCUCAGCAAGGAGGAAACUUUAGUGUAUGUGCAAAAGAACAUGUGGAAUCCCAUCUAUCCAACCUUGGUCUACAAGAUGGAAUGAAAACAUUCUUACUUAAAAGACGAGAAAACUAGAGGCAAAAUCCAUUUUUCCUUUUGUAUAGUUUCCUAUAUAUAACAAAAGAGGGAGAUGGCAAUGUUGGUUGGACUCUCCAAAAUAUUUAUUCUGGUCAGCAUUGUUGCAGAUUCCUUCUUGAUUGAAAGCCAUGGAUCUGAAUGAUAGAACCUAAGUAUUGUUUCUCACUGUUACUUUUCCAUCUGAAAAUCUUGAAGCUUGUUUGCUGCUGUGUAGCUGCUCCAUACAUUGAACCAGUGAUGUUUGACAAGGAUUUUAUAAUUGUAAGCUUCAUUACUCACAAUGUAUCAUCUGACACUGCUUGUGGUUCUGAUGUUUAUCAAGCAUUUUCCUGAAUUACCUUACCAUCUUGUGUUUGCCUUAUGCAUGUAAAGACAAGCAAGCCCCUUGUGGAUUUAUAGCUGAACAUUUGAUGACAAUACGAAGUCCAUGAGUUUUUUUUUA